UGCUUAAAUCUGACCAAUCAGCUGCUGGCAAGGGGCGGAGUCGUUGAAGUACUUCUAGUCAAGUUAGGUCGAGCUGACAGAGAGUGACAAAACAGUCGAGCUUUUGUCCUCAUUCAGUCGUUGACUUCUUGUCUAGCUGAGAACAGAUCAAUCGCAGCCAUGACAAAGGAUCCAAAUAAGCCAAGAGGAAAAACCUCCUCCUAUGCUUUCUUUGUUGCGACCUGCCGUGAGGAGCACAAAAAGAAACACCCAGGGACCAGUGUAGGCUUUGCAGAGUUUUCCAGGAAAUGCUCUGAGAGAUGGAAGACCAUGUCCGCCAAGGAGAAGGUGAAGUUUGAGGAUUUGGCCAAGAACGACAAGGUCCGGUAUGAACGAGAGAUGACAACAUACAUCCCUCCUAAAGGUACUUUGGUCAAGGGGAAGAAGAAAAAGGACCCUAAUGCACCAAAAAGGCCACCUUCUGCGUUCUUCGUGUUCUGCUCUGACCACCGUCCCAGUAUCAAGGAGGCGCAUCCUGGAAUCUCCAUCGGUGACAUUGCCAAGAAGCUUGGCGAGUUGUGGUCCAAACAGACUUCCAAAGACAAGGUUCCCUAUGAGGCCAGGGCUGGCAAACUGAAGGAGAAAUAUGAAAAGGAUGUUGCUGCCUACAAAGCCAGAUGUGGCUUGGGAAAGAGUGAUGCUGGUAAGAAGGGUGGCCCAGGCAGGCCCGCUGCCAAGAAAGCAGAACCGGUUGAUGACGACGACGACGAUGAUGAUGACGACGAGGACGAUGAUGAGGAUGACGAUGAUGAUGACGAUGAUGAAUAAGCAGUUUAUGUUAAAUGGAUGUGAAUUUUGCAAUGCAUUGUUCAGCUUAACUUUUUUGUGUGGAUGAUUCCAACAGUAUAGCCUGCUGUCCCUGUUGGUCUGCCUCUGUAGGAUUCCAGACCUGUAUUCCUUUCACGUUCAGGGAUUUAGUUUUUAUUUUGUCACUUAGUCCCCAAAUUAUUUUUUUUUAACGGUUUUUCUGCUGAACUCGUUUGUUACAUCUUAGAACUUCAUUGCUCCUUUAAACGGGCAGCUAGAUAUGAAUUUCCUGUGAAAAUACAACGGACUGAAACUCGUGGACAGCAGCAAAUCGGUGACGUUUUAAAAAUGUAUGGUUUCUGGAAGCACUGCUUGUUUUCUGUUUAGUGGUGCGGUUUCUUCACUGUCAUUUUACUACCAAGAGUUAUCUGUAGUUAAGAUUAAAAAUGUUUGAAGCCAUUUUUAAUGUGGAACUUUGAAAACUUUCAUGUAGACGGAAUUUUUUUUUGUAAUAAAAUUUUGUAUAUUAUAA